GUGAAAUCAAAAAGAUAGUGAAAUGCAACGGCGGGUAUAACUGCAGGUCAAAGAUCAGCUGAAUAAUAUACAGUAGUGGACCCUUGGCAGUCGCGCGGGUUUCACGUCGUAGAAGGCGCAGUCAGACUUGUGGACGGCGGAGACUUGACACGCUCUCAAUAUCCACGCAACAACUCCCUCCGCGCCGGCUGGUCAAGUCUGUCGACAGUGAAACACCGCGGUCUUUACUAUCACAGAGUCUGAAUAUUCUUCUGCUUUUGGAGCAUUUUAUGAUUCGAAUAACCUUUACGAUCACAAGAUUCCCUACCACUAUUAAUCGCCCAACCUGGCGAACAGUCAAUCCUUCUUAAGCCUUGACGCAGGCCGUCAGCAAUGGGAAAUAUCGGCAGCAAAGUUGAGGAUGGCUCCAUACUAUAUCUGAAGGAUCAAGCGCGCUUCUCCAUUACCUCGAUUGUCAUCACGAACGGGCGCCGAAAAGCCCUACUGCAUGUAACCCCGAACGCAUACCCGGCGUCGCGCCUUGUUGGAAAACCAGAUGCAGCAGACUACCGACCAAUUUCCUACGUUCAGGACCCUGAUUUCUCGGGCAUUGCGUUUCUACCUAGACUAGAUCUCGAAGAUGAGCUCGAUGUGCGGUUCACAUUUACAAGCCGACAGAACUCAGGGCCGUUGCCUGCUACGCCUUCCACCGCAACCGCGUCUGUUGACACCACCGUUACCGGACUCACCUUUGCCUACGCGCCGAACGCGAAAGAGUUGGACAAUCUUGUGACAAGAGAGUUUCACGCUGACCCCAACCUCCACAAGAACGAGAAUGUGCAAUUCAUCGGGGAAUUCGCGACGAAUGGAAGUCCUGUUAUAUCAUAUGAAUGGAACUGGCGAUGGAAACCUCCCAAAAUCCACGAGGACAAGGGUGGAGGAUGGCGCAAUUGUUGCAGUUUCCUUGAAUACGACUCAAGAGCCCACAGGCUGAAUACCUUGGCAUCUUUCUCCUUCUGGGUCAACAAUGCUGCUCUUUCGAACUUGACACCCCUGACUUCACCGAGUUUCGAACUCAGAGUUCCAUCCCAGAGGCACCGUUUGCCCUCCAAUCAAUCAUUCCAGUCCACAGUAAGCGACUCCGAGGGACAUGCAGACCUGCCAAACCCACCAUCGCCACAUGUGCCAGCCGCAGAUUUCACCACAACCGCUUCAGCCGCUGCAGCCUCUAGUCUAGCGCCGUCUCUUCCUGUGAUUGACGUUCAAUGCCCGCGACCAGGAGAAGAUGUUAGCGCGGUUGAAGAUGGUCCAGUCUUCAGAGCCACCAUGAAAUCGCUAGAGCAGAAAACAGGUUCCAUGAGGAUUCAAGUCAAGAAGGUUCUGAAGAAAGCGGAAGCGGCUCAGCAAGCGCAAGUCGAGUGUAAUCAGGCAAUGGCGGACUUCUUAAGGGCUCUUCAAGAGGCGUCUGCAUCAAAUGCCACGGCCUUCAAGCCAGCGCUCGACCAUUACUUCACAAAUAUCGCGCAGAGAAUACUGAAGUAUGAGAAGGAAAACAGCUCGUUAUUGCAAAGGCAGAUUAUCGACCCGAUAUCCAAGCUUUACCAAUUGGACAUCAAACAGGCCGAGGCCAAGAAGAAGGAUUUCGAAGACGAGAGUCGAGACUUUUACGCCUAUGUCAGUCGUUAUCUCGGCCAGCGCCAGGACUCUCUCAAGGACAAGAAGCGGGCGGAAAGUGAUUCGAAAUACCAAAGCAAGAGGAAAAAUUUCGAGCUCAAAAGGUUUGACUAUUCGACGUUUAUGCAGGAUCUGCAUGGCGGACGCAAAGAGCAAGAACUUCUUUCCCAGCUCACCAAGUACGCUGAAGGACAAGCAAAGUCAUUUCUCUCAACUGCCAAGAAGGUGGAAACUCUGGUCCCACAGCUGGAUGCGCUUGUUAAAGAGGUUACCGAUGCCGACAAAGAAUAUAAUUUGCAAAGAACCGAGCGGGAAGAGAAGCGCAGGAAUCUGGAGAAGAAUGGACCUGUCGCUGCUGAAGCGGAGCAGAAUCAUCAAUCCGUCACUGGCACUCCGCUACCUGCACAGAACGGCCACACGGGUUACAUCUCGGACACCGACCUCAGUAGAGCAGACAGUACCAGCUCACAGUUCGGGCGCCCCUUAGCACAAACACUAUCACCAUCCGGAAACCUUGCGUUGCAAGGUAUUCCGCCUACUGUACUGUCGACCUCGCCUGGAGGGUCGUCGAUGGUGCCAACCCCGAGCAAGUUCAAGGGGAUCCGUGAUUUGGAUGAGAGCUCCGUGUCAACCUCCGACAAGACAGUGAACGGGCAGUUUCGGAAGGAAGGGCUGUUGUGGGCACUCAGCAAACCUGGUUCUCAUAUCGACCCCAAAGGCAUCAACAAACAAGCCUGGCACAAGUUUUGGAUCGUUCUUGAUCAAGGAAAGCUUUCCGAGUACAGCAACUGGAAGGACAAGUUGGAUUUGCAUCGAGAGCCGAUCGACCUACGCAUGGCUUCAGUACGGAUGGCCCGUGAUGCUGAGCGGAGGUUCUGCUUCGAAGUUAUCACUCCUCAGUAUAAGCGAGUAUACCAAGCCACGACCGAAGACGAGAUGAACAAUUGGAUCAACUCAAUCAACAACGCCCUACAGAAUGCUUUUGAAGCGGGAAGUCAUGCAUCCCAGCAGAGCACCAGGGUCGUUUCAGGACGUGAGUACGGAUCGAUGCUCACCGGAAAAAGCUCUUCGCAGUCUGGACCGCACGGCUACUCUCAGCGCCCGGAUGCCUCUGGAGUCUCACGGCGGAUCACGGUGGGGGCCAGACCAACCUAUAUCAGGACAACCAGCAACAGCUAUGAGGAAAACCCCUCUAAGCUGCUCGACCAAAUCAGGAACAAUGACCAAGGCAAUCUAUAUUGCGCUGAUUGUGGCUCCGCUUCAAAAGUUGAAUGGGUAUCGCUCAACCUAGGCAUCAUCCUGUGCAUCGAAUGUGGUGGAAUCCAUCGCUCGUUAGGCACCCAUGUGUCAAAGAUCCGGUCGCUAACUCUGGACGUGCACUCCUUUACUAACGAUAUUGUCGAAUUGCUGAUGCUCAUUGGCAACCGCAUUAGCAACAUGAUCUGGGAGUCCUUGCUGAAUCCUUCACUAAAGCCAGGUCCUACUGCCACUCGGGACCAGAGGCUGAAAUUCAUCACUUCUAAGUAUGUCGAGCGGGCUUUUGUUGAGCCCGUGUCACAAUACGGUACGGCAGACGACAUUCUUCUGACGUCAAUUAAGAGACACGAUAUCAAAGGAGUCCUGCAAGCCAUUGCUCAACGCGCCAACGUCAAUGCUCACGAUCGCUCGAGAAAUACGCACGUGGUUUUCCUGGCUUUAGCAGCUGCUGAUCCGGCUCGACCGGUCUCAUCUCAUUCUGACAGACCAGCGACGCAAACGGUCAAGGCUUUCCCAAUGGCUGAAAUGUUAAUUCAAAACGGGGCAGAGAUUCCGACGGACCCUCCAGCUAUACCGUUGUCUCAGGCAGCGCAGCUAUAUAUCGAGCAACGAACCUCCCGUGUGACGACGACCAAUGGUGGACAUGGGGAUACACUUGGUCCGCUUCCUAUGUUGCCCAGAAUAUCACCAUCGGGGUCCGAUAGCCACGCAAGAUUGCAGAAACGCGGUAGUGCCGGUGCAAGAUUUGCUGGCAAAGUCGCAGGGCUGGGAGAACGAUAGCACCGUUAUAAGGCAAGGGUCGAGGUCGACCUCGCGAGACCGAUACUUUGCGACGCAUGCAAUACCAUUGGCACCUCUGGAGGAGGACUGUAUAUUUGAAAAAUGAGCGCGGAUUUAUGGAUGAUGUUUAUAAUGACUGGCACGAUUGCAUGUCUAUCGUGGUGGGCGGAGCAUUUGAAAGCAGGUUUGCGAACUUGGAGGGCGCGAGAGAGGAUACUCCUCUGUUGAGGACCUCUCAGCUGCUGGAUGCAUGAGUUUUUGAAUCAAGGUUACCAGCCCUGGACGGCGCCGUCUCUUGGAAAUGCGGCAUUGGAGAAGAGACACCUUUAUACAGUAUUAAUCGACUUGCCCUGUGGGCAGGUAUUCUAAUCAAUAUGUCGUGUCGACUGA